UACGGAUUACGGGAAAACGCCGAUUAGCGAGAUGCUAAUUUAUUGUAAAAAUAUAUUUUUUAUUUAAUUACCCAAUAUAUAAAUGAGAUAUUUUAAACAAUUAUAGUACAAUGAAUUUUAUUUUGAUUUUAUGUCUGGGGUUUAUCAUUAUUUACUCUUGUGUUUCGUGGUUGUUACCAACACUUCUAUCAUGGCUAUUUAAACGGAAAUAUCAUAUUAAACUUAAGAUUGGAAGUAUAGCUGUACUAAAACUAAUUUUGCGAGAUGUGAGCUUAUCUAAGGAUGGGUACUCUGUUCAUAUUGAUGAAAUAUCAUUCCGUAGUAGUUGUUUUAACUCAGAGAUCAACAAACUUGUCUCAGUUGUAAUAAAAUCUCUAAAGGUAACAAAUAAUGCAGAAGAGAAAAGAAAUGCAGUUGUAGAGACCAUUUUAAAACCUCUCCUCUCAAAACAAAAUUCUUACUCACGAGUAGAGAAUUUGGAAACAGAAGUAUCUGGGCAGAUAGAAGAUCAUCAGCAUUAUUCACUUAAACACCAAAAGUUAUUGGAAUUCAGAGAUAAAAAACUGCCUCCAAGUUUAAUUAUGUUUGCACAGUUUAUGGGUGUACAUAUAUUUAAUGCCUCUAUCACAAUACAUGACUGUGGAAAUGACUGGUAUCUCCAUACAACAGCAUCAGAGGUUCAUGCAGAUGGAGCAGCUGGAGGCCCAGCUCGAGCCCUGGUCUUCUCAGCUAAUAUAAGUGAUGCUAAGGCUAGAAUAAUUUCUGGGAGAAAUGCUUUAGCAGAGGCUGCUGGUAGUAUUCUUGUGGAAGGCACUGUUAAAGCUGACAGUCCUUUAAAUGUUGAGAAAAUACAUACAGUGAUAAGUAAUCCAACAGUGGUGCUACAAGAUGAUCUGUAUGACUUUUUACAAAGAAAUAAAAAGACCAAGUUAGUGGCUCCAUCUCCUCCUAGUGAAGAUCACCUAGCUACACUAAUACCUAGACUCUCUCCUGUUAUUCCAAAGAUUCUAAGCCUUAAAAUUGGGCCUACAAGUAUUGGAUGUGUGGAUAAUCUCACUAAGACUAAGUUUGAAGUAUCUUUACAAAGUUUACUGGUAAAUUCCCGAUUUAGUGCAGCAUCAGUAGCGGUUAGUGCUGUCGGUGCAGAAGUUAUGAGACUACCCCAAGUUUAUGUCGCUCUGCAGGCGGACGGUUUGCGGCUGUCUGCCAAAGACAGUACAUUAAUAUUUUUAAAUAAAGUCAAGCUGGAUGCCAAGCUUGAAAAAGGCACGCUAAAUCUUUACCUCAUAAUUAGUACUUUGAACGUCACAUACGAGCAUAGUAACGUGUUUUUGUGGUACUCCAGUAUAUUGCAAAGAAUAAAAAAGGCAAAGGCCAUGAAGUUAUCACAAUUUACACAAAAAACAUGGAACGCUGAAGCGUGGUGGUCCCGAAUGUCACGUAGCUGCGCGUUACAAGGUUGCGCGGAGUUGCGAAGUGUAUUAAUACGAUGUGGCCGCGAUAUUGCUGCCUUUGGAGCUGGAUGUAGUGGGCUUAAAGUCAAGUUUGAUCAGCUGCUGGAUACAACCGAAGAAACGUAUACCUGUUGCGGUCGUCAAUGGAGCGCGGAGCUGUUAGUGGACGGCGGCUGGGCGGGGGCGGGACGAGGGGCGGGGCCACCGAGACGAGCCCAUCAUUGGGGCUCACACGUGCUUGCUGUUGCACUUGUUAAGUGGGCCUCACAUGCGCCUAGACAGUCAAAGGUGGAAGCAAUGAUGGACUGUCUGCGAUUAGAAUGGAGCCCGUCGCUCGCGCAAUCUAUACUAACUUUCGUUGACUGUAUGAACGAAUAUAGAGGGUUUAUAGAGAAAUCACCUACAGACUCCACACCGACUUCCCAUGAUAUCACUAUGAAUGUGGCUCUAUCGCACAUUAACCUGUUCCUCAUAGUCAGUGAUACAGUUUGCUUAAUGACGAGAAUCGAUGCGGUAACUUUUGAGAAAAGCAAAAAUAAAACGGGGGCUGUGGUUUCUGGACUGAAGAUGGUGGAAAUCGUUCCGUUUCAAGGCAACGUACACUGUCACCGAAGUGAUGAAAUACCAUCAUCGUUCUUCCACGUGAAGUUAGCAAGGAUUGAACGCGUACCGAACAUCGAACGAAAUUCUCUUCUGCUAGAUUUUCAAUUCUUAGAAAAUGUUGAGUUUGAAUGGAGCCCUAAUUUACAUCUGAAGAUUUUAACAUUUAUUAGAGCGUUUAGAGGGUUCAGGCAUGAAAUUAAAGACAGAAGAGAGAGCACUGGUGUUUCGCGAAAGAAAGAGAUGGCGAAGGAUUGGAGAGUGUCGUUUAAGACUGAAACUAAUUUAGGUUUAGCGUUGUCUAAGGAUAAUAGUAUGGUGUUUUCAACAGAUGACAUGACGAUAUCAUAUGACCACGAAAUAGGCCUGUCAAUAGUCUGGAGUCACUUGAAGAUGAUUUUGAAUGGGGACGAAAUAGUAACCAUAGAGGGAUACUCCCAGGAACGUGUAUCUGAUGAUCCUGAUAUACGAAUUGAAAGAAAGGCAAAUGACGGAUUCGUGCUCUCGUGGAACAAAGUUUGGGCCGUCAAUAUAGAAUCAAUCCGCGUGAUAUUCCCAUACAAGCACCGAUUUGCUGAAGCUGUUCAAGGAGAUUUUGUGUCCCUCUUCAAAUGGUUAAAACACGUACACGGCAUUAAAAAGAAAUCCUUUACGCUGGAUAGUCCAUUGCCAAGUGAUCUUCAUAUAAAGAUCGAUGAAAUACUUAUUGAAAUGAGUGAUGACCCAUUCGAAGUCAAACUUCGAGACAACUACGAGUUACUCGAAGAUGAAUACAAGGAAAGUCAGAAGCGGCGAACCAUGUUGGAUGCAAAGGUACAAGAGCUAUGCAAGCCCCACCUGUUUCUCCCAGCCGGAAAAGUGGAGGAACUAUACUCCGCGCUUCGGCAAAAAGACGCUCAGAUCUACGUUCAAAGAUGUAGGGCUGCGCCCCCGCCCCGCAGUCGCCUCGUGGCCUGCUGCCUAUCAGGCUUCUCGUUGUUGGCCCUCGCUGACCCAUCGAUGCAUGGAGCGCAGAAUGCCACCCAGAAGCUGAGGGAGAUCGACGCUGAUAGUCCCUGGCCGGAAGAGGGCAUAGAGUUCAGUACUCUCUGGUGCCGAAUGAUAAACGUAUCUGUGGUGCUAUGGCAACUGCGACUGCGCGACUUUCCGCAGCCAUUGCUUAGUAUGAGUGAAAUGCGGCUUUGGGGCACCAUGCUGGCUGCAGAAGAAUCUGCUCCUCCAAGAGCCGUUCGCACAGUAGUGAUAGACCAAGGUGCCCCGUGGGGUGAGUUUGAGCUAGAACGUAGCAUGAUGCCGCUGAAGUGGUAUUAUGAUUUGUGCUGCGAAAUGACGGAAUAUAGCUACGCUUUCGGACCUUGCUGGGAGCCUGUUAUUGCCCAUUGUAAUUUAGCCUUCGACCAAGUUUCCCGUCCGUCCUUGGAUCCAUCGGCACCUUUGACUUGGUGGGACAAAGUACGUCUUCUUUUCCACGGACGACUCACUCUCAACUGCAGUAAAUUCACGUGUCUACUCCACGUCUCCCUAGACCCUUAUAACACUACAGAAGAGAUGGAGGUUACUUGGAGUGACUUGGUGUUAGACUGGACCAAUGGCAAGUUAGGAUUCCUGGGUGAGCUAAAGGUCUUCGUUCGUACUGCCAGCAAAUAUGACGAUUGUCGUGUAUUACGUGUUCCCGGAUUGCGGCUCAGUAUAAAACUGGGUUGGCAGUGUGUGGGUGAUCCACGGGACCAUCACGCUGUAGCCCCUUGUGCGCCAACAAGACUACCAGAAUAUUCUAGUAAUCAGGAACAUGACUCAUAUAGAGCAUUUCGCUCACAAGGUUUGGAUCUGCACUUAAGUAUGGACACGAAGCCGAUGGAGGAUGAUGGACCGGUUUUACUUUUAUAUGGCAGCACGCUUAGGUGGUUUGAAAGCCUGAAGCUGAUUUUGUCUGGUACUACUCGACCGACCCGCCGUGGACGUGUGUUCAAAAACAUGAAGCCGAGGAAACCUCAGCUAUCGCGACAUUAUCGAAAUGUCGCUGUCUCGCUCACUUUACACAACUUACAGGUGUUUUACUGGUCAUCAUCGUCAAUGCAGCGUGGUAUAGAGAUGUUAGGCGUACGUGUGACGUGUGGUUCUCGUCACCGCUUGUCACUUGUACCGGGCUCUGAUUCGCUGAUACGACGCGCACGUGCCGUCUGGGCAACAUUGUACAUGAAUUGCGACCUUAACGACGUAGAGAUAUGGCUCAAAACACCGGCGCAACAGGCGCACGAGGAAAAGGCUGACGAUGAGAGAGAUAUGCUCUGCCCUCCUGCUAUGGAGAAAUGCUAUUGCCUGUCUGUACGGCGUGUGUCGUAUGGGCGCGAAGCUAGCGGGGCUGGUUCGACUCCUGCGCCUACGCAUCGACUUGCAGUACACGAUCUACGUGGAGCCUGGACUAAACUUAACCGGGAUCUUGCAUUUGCUCUUAUCGAUACGUAUAUUAAGACACAGCAAUUAAAGAAAAAUCUAUCUACCAAAGCAUUGAAGGAAGAAGAAAAGCCGACAACAUCGCCUAAACAUCAGCGAGAUACCGACGUAGUAUCGCCACCGCCUGCCUCGACACAGGGGGGCAGCGGUGGUAGCGGAUCAUGCGCGGAAGGUAUGUUGGCGGCAUUAGUGGCAGAGGCAGGUGAGGCAGGGGGUGAAGCACCCGUCGUGUUCAGUGACGAGUUGGCCGGGGCUGAGGGAGACGCCCCGCCCCCACACCCACCUCAUUUGAGGCAUGUGCUGGAUGACGAUACUGCGCAUACUGCGUGUCUCAUUGAAUUAGUGAACUCCCAAGUGGUGCUAAAAGGUUGUGAGACGCGUGGAUACGUGAUACUUUGUGCGGCACGUGCGGAAGUACGUCAACGUGUACGUCGCGCGCCCGCAGCAACGGCUUGGAGCGGCGCACUGUCCGCUAUGCAGUACUAUGCUACGGUCAGCGCAGCAGAUCGAGAUCAGCUUGAUGAAAACAUUCAAUGGGUGUCAGUAGAGGAGAUUGAAGAGAGAUGGUCAGGUGCGGAAAUUAGUACGUUGCCGGACGUCCCGCGACUCGUUGGUAGCGGCCACUCGGCUGGCAGUGUUAUUGGCAUGACUGUCGGACCUUCUGCUGACACUGGUUUAGCUCAGUUACAAAGGAUAGUAUCUCGGUGUGCUUGCGAGUUCUACUACGUGUCCCAAGAAAGUGAGAGCAGUACUAACACGGGAGCUGGAUGGGCGUCUGCGCCUGAGCCAUACGACUCCUUCACCCUCAUGCAUCACGAUCUUGAUGUCUGCACUAAUUCAUUACAGUACGCAAUGUUGUUGGACGUGAUAAAUAAUGUAGUACUUCACGUGGAGCCUGAAAGACGUCGAGCUUUAGAACGGCGCGCGCGCAUGCGUUUCCAACUACAGUUGCAUCGCGACACAGAUCCUAGACAUCUCAUACACAAGUUGCAGACUCAGGUAAGAGAGACACUGGCCCGUCUCCGUCGGUUAGAAAAGGAAUAUUAUUUGAAGAAUCGAUCCAUAACUGGUAACGACCCUUUAGCUCUGGCUGAGUUGAAGAGUUUGGAUGAUCAGGUAAAUGAAUGCAAGGAAACAGCAUGGUCCCUAGGCGAAGAGCUAGAUGCAAUGGUACGCGCGUGGCGUGAAGCGGGUUGCGCUACACGCGCGCCUGCGCCGCGAUCGCCGCACGCGCCGCCUCAUCGCUAUAAUGAGAUAUGCUUUAAGUCUGCCCGUUGGAGACUCACUGAUGCAGAUGGGCAGCUGGGCAUUGCUGAUCUGCUGCUUACCAACUUCUUGUAUACGAAAACUUCCCGAUCAGAUGACUCUGUGGAACAUCAACUAGAGUUGGGUUAUGUUCGAGUUACGAAUCUUCUGCCUAAUGAACCAUUCCCCGAGGUCUUAGUACCUCAAGCAGCGUCUGGUCGUGCACCAUUAGCUCGUCGCGCGGCGUUACGCGUCUUCUGCCGAGAUCGACCACCCGUAGGCGGAAUAUCUGUGAAAGAACAUUUUGAAGUCAACAUUGUGCCCAUUCGGAUUGGUAUGACAAAGAAGUUCUUCAACACAAUGUUGAAGUUUUGCUUCCCGGAACGAGAUCCAGACGCCAUGGAGGAAGGGGAAGAAGAGGCUGGGGAAGGUGCGUCAGGGAGAAAUAGCGGAACGCUGGUCUCGAAGAAGUCGCGAAAGAAGAACAAGGAUUCCAACUCUAACUUCUACGUCAAGCGGGAUAAGAAGGAUAAAGACGAUGUUGAGAAAAUGAAGGAGCGCGCAGAGAAGAACAAACUUUUCAUCUACAUUAAGAUUCCUGAAGUGCCCGUACGUGUGUCAUACAAGGGCAGCAAGGAGAAGAACUUGGAAGACGUACGGGACCUGCCACUGCUACUGCCCACGCUGGAGUACCACAAUGUCACCUGGACCUGGCUUGAUCUCUUGUUGGCUACGAAGAACGACACACGCCGAGUUCUGCUAUCACAAGCGAUUAGACAGAAAUUACAGCUCCACCGACGAGCUCCCGCUGCCCCUGAACCUUUGGAAGAAGAUAAGGCCAGAUUACUUCUAGGAGAUAGAACUGUAGCUGAAAACAAGCCUCAGAAGAAAAGUGUUCCUAGCGUGUUUAAGUUCUCCAAAUCAUAGCUAAGGGGUAAUAAAUGACCACUUUCACUUAAUUCCAUGUACGAUGACUGCAUUAUACAUUAAGUUAUUAAAAUAAAGUAUAAGUUUACUUAAUUCUUAUGUGAAGAAGUCGCUAACAUUUGGUAAAUAUUUUACCAAAUAAAAAAUAUUAUAACCAUAAUGGUAGCUUUACCGUUGAGUAUAUAUUUGAGAUGGACUGCGUUAGCCUGCGCAAGCGCAAGUCCGUAUUUUGGCUCUUUGAAAGUUUGAAUGGUGAAUACAGGAUUUUAUUAUAAAAUCGUAACAAAUCGAAAAUUUUACACGAUGCUUUUACGUACGUGAGUAGUGUCGGGUUAGUGGCUGCAGCGACUCCGUGAGGUCUUAGGUUCGAACCUCGGCAGUGCACGAGUUCGUGUGUUAGGCACAGAAAGCUGAUCACCAACUUGCCUAGGAAAAAGUGAAACAGACACAUACAUCUCAGACCUGAAAUAUUAUAUCGCCAAUAGUUUUAUUUGUAACACACAAUUAGGUGCUAUGCCAAUGAGUGCAAACUUCGUCUGAGCGCAAAAAAAAUUGGUUUAUAAAGAACUCUUAUUUACAAGAAUUAAUCAGUCUAGUUAAUCAAGUACUAUCAAAAGUCCCUGAUUCAGAUUUAUUUAAUUUCAAAUUUAUUGCAGCAA